CCUGAUCGACCCCGCCGCGUAUAAGGCCGCGCCGUGUCCCGCAUGGGCGCACGGCGAAAGCGCAGCGGGUCAGGCACGAGCUUGGAGUGGGGCCACCAGAGAAGUUAUCCCGCGCCGCACCACCGGUCCACCGCCGAUUCCGCGAUUCGGUUCGGUGCCGCCGCAGUGGAGCCCGGCCCGGGCGCGGACGAGAGUGGCAAGUGGGAGAACCCCGCGAGAGUCGCGUCGCGCCUUCCCCUUCCGCCGUCCCGCUGCGCCUCGGUGAGGUGGUGCGCGUGCGCGGGCGGAGGAGAAGGGGUGAGUGGGAGCCCUGGGAGAGAAGGCGGCGAUGGCGAGCAGGGGAGGCGGGGUGGCGGGGUUGGGGGACCCGAGCAGCCCGGGCGCCGCGCGGGGGUCGGGGGAGGAGGACGCAGGGGCGGGGAAGGUGAAGCUGAUGUGCAGCUUCGGGGGCCUGAUCGCGCCGAGGCCCGGGGACGGGGCGCUGCGGUACGUGGGCGGCCAGACGCGGCUCAUCUCCGUCGCCCGCACCGCCUCCUUCGGGGAGUUCCUGCGGAAGGUGGAGGCGGUGGACGAGGCUGCCGCGGCCUCCGGCGGGGUGCUCCUCAAGUACCAGCUCCCCGGGGAGGACCUCGACUCGCUCAUCUCCGUGUCGGACCCCGAGGAUUACGAUAACAUGAUGGAGGAGUACGAGAAGCUGGCCGCCGCCGCGCCCGAUGGCUCCGCCAAGCUCCGGGUGUUCCUGUUCCCUGCCUCCGGGGGCGACGCGGCGGGGGAGCACGACUCCGGCGCCGGCUCGGGCUCCCACCUCGCCGCGGCCGUCGACGAGUCGGGGGAGCGGUACAUCGACGCCAUCAACUGCGUCUCUGCGGAGGCCGUCGCGGCCAUGCGCCGGAAGGACAGCGUCGCCAGCGCCGGGUCCUCGGCGCACAACUCCGGUGCCUCCGAGUUCAGCGGCCUUGCGGAAGGUAUGUCGCCGCGGGCGGUGCCGCCGCCUCCUUCCGUUCCGUCCGAAUAUUCGUAUUCAGGUGGAGCCCAUUACCAUAAUGCUUUCCCGGAAUCGGUGGGGUUCAGUGCCGUCACGGUGUCAGCUCCGGCGAUGGGCAUCCCGGCGCAGAAUCCCAUCUUGCUUAGGACAGAGCCAUCAACGCUGCAGCCUCAUCAAGUUGCUGCUUCUUAUGCGACGUCGCAUCAGCCUUCUCAAGUACCUUCUUAUGCGCCGCACCAGCCGCCUCAAGUUGCCACUUAUGUGGCACACCAGCAGCCUCAGGUUGCUUCGUAUGUGCAGCAGAUGCCUCAACCGUAUAUAGAGCCGCAGCAAGUCCAAUACAUCAAUCCGCAACAAUUUAGUGUGCAUGGUGUGCCGCAAUCUGUCAAUUUUAUGCCCGUGCAAAUGAGCCGGUUUGUGCCUAGCAUUCCAGUGACGACUUCUAUGGCGACCUCUGCUUCUCAAUUUGGUACGUUGAGGCCUGUUUCUGCAGGCGCAGAGCCUGUUCUGGAGAACAUGCAUUUCACAAGGCCAGUGCAAGCUCCGGUUGAUCGGAACUACCGAGUGCUGCAGACACCACUGUCGCAGCUUCCUCCUUUGCCUUCUGUGCAUUUGCAGAGAAGUGAUGCACAGAGAUACGGUGUUCAACCAGUGGUGACAAGCACAAUAAGCACGCCAGUGGCGACGAGCCCAGGGACAAUUCCUGUGGUGGUUAGCUCGGCCACCAUUCCAUCAAUGAGGUAUGAUGAUUGCACAAUGUGCCAGAAAGCAUUGCCGCACGCCCAUUCAGAUAACAUGAUCCAGGAGCAGGGAAAUCAUCGUGCAGUGAGCAACCCUGAGGCCGCUUCAAUGUUUUACAGCCUGCAUCAAGAUAGUGCAUCCAGCAAACUUAGUCCAGGUCCUGCUAAUUAUGUGUCAGAACCAAGAGCUGAGAACACAGCAGGGAUGGCUCAAUUUGAGCCGAUACCUCCUACCAGAAAACCUGUAGUCCAGGCAACUGCAUCUCCAGAUACAGGUGUGCUGGUUCAACCCACCAUGGUUGCUUUACCAGUUUCUAGUGCACCUGCUCCAAAUGGAGCAUUUGUGGGUCAUCCUCCACAGUCUCGGGCGGCAGAUCCUUUCAGGUACCAGCAGCAGCCGUACUCUUAUAGCAUGCAACCAUCACAAGUCCCAGUGCAUGGCCCACAAGGGAUUGAUGCCAGUGCAUAUAAUAAUUCUAAUCAUCCAGUAGUGGAGCUGCUUAGAGAAUAUGGUCGUGAUCUUCCUCAUGAUUAUGCCAAAGCUAUUGAUGCCCGUGUGCAAGCAGUUCAUUUGGGUCCUAUUGCCCCUCCAGAAUCUAGUGUGCAAGGAAAGCCUGCUAUUCCUCAUGGUACCAUUGGCGGCGCAAAAGUUGAGAUGCCACCGGUGAAUAUUGAUGGUAGUUCUGUCUUCAAAUCUCAAGCUGGAGGGUAUCAUAUGGGAAUUACAAAUGCCUUUACUACUCCUGCUUUGAUCCAAGACGACAGCCUUGCGAGUCAUAAUGAACAACCACCUUCUGCUUUCAAUGUUGGUGCACGAAAUGUUCAUCCUGACAUUAGCCAGCAUCCACUCAAUGUGCCUGUCCCGAACAACCUUAAAGUGCCAGUCGAACCACCUGUUUCCAAUGAAAGGUUUCCUGUGAGGGCACCUUACUCUGGUGCUCAGGUUCCUGCUGGACCUCCUCCACAGCAUCCUAGGGAUAUGCUGAAUCACCUUGUUUCUGCUGCCCCUAAUGGCAGUAGUAAAAUUCCAUUGCAGGCUACUGCCGGUAUUGAUCGUGUUGAAGCUACACGGGAACCAGCUUACACAGGUUCACUUUUCUCAAACCAGGAUCCUUGGAACGCAGUGGGAAAUGCUUCUGUAGUGCCUCCAAGACCGAACAAGUUAGCUAAGGAACCUGUUGUUUCUGGAGAUCAAUAUGUGGAUGGCCAUGUGGUUGACAUCAACAGUUCAAAUGCUGCCACACUCUUAAAAGAGGGCAAUCUUUCACACAUUCGGGACCCGAGUUUUAAAGAUAUUCACACAGUUAAACUGAACAAAGGAUUUGGAGAAGAAAGUAUUAAGCAACAAUUACAAGCUGUUGCUGAAGGGGUGGCAGCAUCAGUUCUUCAGUCACCCUAUCCUGACAAAACAGCUGCACUGUCUGGGGAUCAUGUUGAUUCACACGGAGAAGUAACUGAUGCAAAAGUUCAGGAUGAGGGGAAUGAUCAGUUAGACAAAUCAAGCCAAGGAGUUCAAGUUUUAGAUGACAUCGAUAACCUUCAGAUAAUAAAGAACAGUGAUCUUGAGGAAUUGCGCGAACUGGGUUCUGGAACCUUUGGUACUGUUUACCAUGGAAAAUGGAGAGGAUCUGAUGUUGCUAUAAAGAGAAUCAAUGAUCGUUGCUUUGCUGGGAAGGCAUCUGAGCAAGAGCGCAUGAGGACCGAUUUCUGGAAUGAAGCAGGCAAGCUUGCAUCUUUGCACCAUCCAAAUGUUGUAGCCUUUUAUGGUGUUGUUGUAGAUGGGCCAGGAGGAUCUGUUGCAACGGUAACCGAGUACAUGGCUAAUGGUUCACUCCGACAGGCAUUGCAAAGACAUGAAAACAGGAUAUUCGAUCGGCGUAGGCGUCUACUGAUUGCAAUGGAUGUUGCAUUUGGUAUGGAAUAUUUGCAUGGGAAGAAUAUUGUGCAUUUCGACUUGAAGAGUGACAAUCUGCUCGUCAACCUAAGAGAUCCUCAACGCCCUAUAUGCAAGGUUGGUGAUUUGGGCUUGUCAAAGGUUAAAUGCCAGACGCUAAUCUCUGGUGGAGUGCGAGGAACACUUCCUUGGAUGGCCCCUGAGCUGUUGAAUGGCAGCAGCAGCCUCGUCUCUGAAAAGGUCGAUGUUUUCUCAUUUGGAAUUGUGAUGUGGGAGCUACUUACUGGUGAGGAGCCUUAUGCCGAAUUGCACUAUGGCGCCAUUAUAGGUGGGAUCGUGAACAACACGCUGCGACCUCCCGUGCCCGAGUCCUGCGAUCCCCAGUGGAGGUCAUUGAUGGAGCAGUGCUGGUCAUCCGAACCGUUAGUAAGGCCGAGCUUCACAGAGAUCGGCAAGAGCCUGCGCGCCAUGGCAACUUCUCCUAACAAGGCGCAGCAACAGAAAUAGAUGCCGUAGCUCUCGCCCUUCUGUUCAGCGGCCUGUCUCCUCCGCAACCUGGGAGGUGUCAGUCCGUGUCAUGGUUGGUUGGAUUUUGUACAUCAAUAAGGUAAAAGAUAAGAGAACAUGGCAUGCUUGUAGAGUUAUAGAGUCGAUGUAUGCUUGAUGCUUCCUGUCGUGCUUUUCCCAUGGGCCAUGACCCAUGGCAGCCCUAAUGUAAGAGUGGACCGUGAGCAUGUACACGAUGAGGUGUUGUAGCAGCGGUCGGUAAAUCUCAUGUACCGGCGUCCAUUGCACCCUCGUGUUCAUGGUUUAUCUCGAUUCUGUCGUUUUGAUUUGAUGUGCCAGCGCGGUGAGAAAAAGUGCUGUCUAAGCCUUCUGAGUCACAUGGAUAGUGACGUUUUAUGUAAGUUAGGGCAUUUUUCAUAGUUAUAAAUAGCUAUUAUCUUUUAACAGAGAAA